CGCACGCGCCUGCCUUUGCGUCACGCAGGCUCGCUUUGCCAUCCGCCGCCGUGAAGAUGAUGCGGCGGUAUAAUAGUUAUCUGCCAGGUAGGUGAAGAGCGCGAUCCAUCCCUCAACCAUGGCCAACCACUUCACGAACACGCCGGAAGCCCUCCUCGGCAGAAACGACUCGAAGAACCCGGCGUCGACCUGCAAAGGCAUUACGAGCAGCGGACGGCCAUGCCGUCGUGCGUUGGCAGCAGCGAAGACGUCGCCGUCGGGCGGCCGGAGGGGCUCGGCGGGCGGAGUAGUGGCGGUGGUGGAGGAGGACGGCGCGGUGACAGAUGCGGAGUUCUACUGCUGGCAGCAUAAGGACCAGGCGCAGCUACUGCAGCAGGACAGUCCGGGAAAGCGACCCAAGAAGAAGCGGACGACCGAGUUGUAUCCGCUGCAGGAGAGGAGCAGUAUUGAUACGCUGGUGCAGAAGCUGGGGAUUGAAGCUGUGCCCGAUAACUUGCGGAAGAAGACAAAGACAAAACCGAAUGAUGGAGUGAAGCCUCCCAGAAGGACAUCGACUGCAGAUUUUGCCGAAAAGCCUGCUGGUGGUGCACCGCCAAAGCAGGGCUCGAGACCCAAGAAGACGGGAUUCUGGGCAUCAUUGUGUUGCGCGUCAGGACAGGACGACGAUUAUGUCGAAAUUGUGCGCCACAAGAGGCGUACGGAGCAGAGACCGUCGCAGUUGCAAGGUACAACAGGCCCGAGCGUGUCCCAAUAUUCCAGUCCAUCCUCUUCGCAAGUGCCACCUCGAAAGUCGGCGCCGUCGAGAACAAAUGGCCAUCGGAGCAGUUCAAAUCCGCUCACAGGACAUCUGCUAUCGCUACUACCACAGGACUUAUCACCACAAACUACUUCGACACUACUAGCAGAACUGGUCAAGCCGAUCAGUCCUGCAGAUGAGGAUGGCUACAUUUACAUCUUCUGGUUGACUCCGCAAUCAAUGGAUGGGCCAGCACAAUCGACAGCACGGUCUCUACUUUCACCACCUUCAGACCGCGCGACUAGUCGCCGUAUCAGCGAUGUCAUGACAGAAUUCUCGUUCGAUGGCGACCAGGAAAGGUCCCGCCGAGGCAGAACCGGUCAAGGCAAAAAGACAAUCAUGCUCAAGAUCGGCAGAGCCAACAAUGUGACCCGUCGCAUGAACGAAUGGCAACGACAAUGCGGCUACGCUUUGAAUCUCGUCAGGUGGUAUCCAUAUGUGUCAUCGACGCCCUCACCUUCGCCAGCGAAUACACCACGCAAGGGCUCCAAUACCGGAACUCCGGAUCGUUCAAGGCCGGCGAGCUCACGAGGCGAUAGUGGGAAUGUCCGCAAAGUGCCUUUUGUGAAGCGCGUGGAGCGGCUGAUUCAUUUGGAGCUUGCGGAACAGCAAGUCAAGAAGCAAUGCGAAACGUGCGGGAAGGAACAUAGAGAGUGGUUUGAAGUCGAAGCUAGCGAGCAAGGUGUUCGCAAUGUCGACGCUUGCGUGAAGCGUUGGGUUGACUGGGCCGAGAGGGAAGCGGCGAAGUAAGAAAGAACUAUCAGCAUUCACAACAUUAUUCAAUGCGAGUCACGAUUCGCACUCCACUCUUGUUUGCUCCUGGCUUCUCCGGUCCUUUGCCCUACGUGUUCCAUGUGGCGCGCAGAUUUACAGGCUUCGAUGAUCAAGAAGAAGGGCAUCCCUGUCGGACACGUACGCAGCACAGCAUACUGUACCUACAAGCGAUGCAAAAGAGCAACGAGCGCCUGUUCUAGUGAUCAUGGACCUCGACCCAACAGAUGGCACCGCCUUCCACAUCGCAGCAUUGCGGAUUCUAUCGACUGUCCUUACAGUCUUCGUUGCAACCUACAUCCUUGCCACGAUUUCGACCAGCACGGGCGACUUGAUCCAAGAUCCGCUCCUCCGAGGCCGAUACUACUAUUCGCUCCUUCACACAGAGCAAGAAGGUUGUCCCAAUCGAGAUAUUGAAAUCUCUGCUGCAGUGGCAGUCUCAACGACACACAUCUUUUUCAUCUGCUUUCACUUCUGGACUGGCGAUGAGCAGAUCAGUGCAUCAGCUGUCGUCAUGUACGCGGAAGCGCUCUGUGUUUUGCUGCUGGCGAUCGAGGGAGCGAUGAUGCUCAUCGUGGCAUUGAUCUGGCUUCUAGCGAGGGGAUUACAGUGGUAUAUCGAUACAAGACUAACGUAUGCGGCUUGGUGGGAGGACGAUGGGAUGUAUGAUUGAGGCAGCGCACGCACAGCCUCCCUCAUUUUGGGAACCAGGAAACCGAUGGCACGAGCGACAGCCAUAGUUCCAAAACUUUACGACUCCUCCCAGGCACUACGAGAUAGUCUGCCAAAGCCACACUCU